AUUCAAUACGCGCACCCUCCCCUCCCCUCCGUCUCCAUCCAUCCUCCUCUCUUCCCCUCCCUUCCCCGGCCUUCCUCGCUUCCCCUUCCUCCCCGAUCCACUCGUCUCCCGCACCGCCUUCCGCCGACCAGAGCUUCCUCGGCCUGCUCGCUCGCUCGCGGUGGUGAAUCGACCGACGAAGCGCGUAGCUAGCUGCUGAUUUACUCCGUGCGUGGCGGCGGCGGAGGUAUCACAUAGAUCUGAGCUCGGGAAUCGCUCGACGGAUCGACAAAGUGCGUAGCCAGCUAGCUUCGAUCCGCGCGCUGCUGCAUGCGAGUCGCACGAGCCGUUGCAUGGUGCGGGUGGGUUCCUGCCUAGGGUUUCCGCGUCGCUGAAUAAGGAGAUCAGAAGUGGCAUGCCCGGAGGGAUGAUGAUCCCAGGACGCAACAUGAUUGGCCGGAGCAACGGCGCCGGCGUCGCCUACGCCUCCUCCUCCUCCUCCGCACUCUCCCUCGGCCAGAACUUGAUGGAUGGGAUGCACCACCACCAGCUCCCAGCAAUGCUGCAGCACCAGAUGGUUGAUCACCAUCUUCUUCUUCCCCAGCACCACCACCACCCCCACCAGCAGGCGGCCACGAGCGAGAGCGAUGCCCGUGGCCCCCACGGAAGGGGCAACAACAACAGCAGCAACAACAACGAAGAGCUGGAGAUGAGCAAGUCAGGUACGGGAAGCGACAACAACCUCGACGGCGGGGAAGGCGGCGGCGGGGAGGACGAUGAGCAAGAGGACCCGGCCGGGCAGCAUCCCCGGAAGAAGAAGCGCUACCACCGUCACACCCAGCACCAGAUCCAGGAGCUUGAGGCCUUCUUCAAGGAGUGCCCCCACCCCGACGACAAGCAGCGCAAGGAGCUCAGCCGCAGCCUCUCCCUCGAGCCCCUCCAGGUCAAGUUCUGGUUCCAGAACAAGCGCACCCAGAUCAAGACGCAGCACGAGAGGCAGGAGAACACGGCACUCAGGACGGAGAACGAGAAGCUGAGGGCGGAGAACAUGAGGUACAAGGAAGCGCUGGCCAACGCGUCGUGCCCAAACUGCGGCGGCCCGGCGGCCAUCGGGGAGAUGUCCUUCGACGAGCACCACCUGCGCGUCGAGAACGCGCGCCUCCGCGACGAGAUCGACAGGAUCUCCGCCAUCGCCGCCAAGUACGUCGGCGGCAAGCCCGGCGCCGGGGUGGCUGUAGCCUCCGCUGCCUACCCGCCACUGCCACCGCAGUCUUCCGGCCGCUCUGCGCUCGACCACCUGGGCAUGCCCAGCAUGUUUGGAGGUGCUGAGUUCGAUAAGCCGAUGGUGAUCGAGCUGGCCGUGGCUGCCAUGGAGGAGCUGGUCCGGAUGGCGCAGCUCGGGGAGCCUCUCUGGGUGCCAUCCCUCGAUGGCGAGGCGCUCGGCGAAGAGGAGUAUGCUCGCGCCUUCCCACGGGGUGCACUCGGCCCCAAGUCGCCGGAGCUCCGGUCGGAGGCGUCGCGGGAGACGGACGUUGUCAUCAUGAACCACGUCAGCCUCGUCGAGAUGCUCAUGGACGUGCGUCAGUGGUCGGCGCUCUUCUCGAGCAUCGUAUCCCGGGCGGCCACGCUUGACGUGCUCUCCACCGGCGUCGCCGGCAAUCACGACGGCGCGCUGCAGCUCAUGUCCGCCGAAUUUCAGAUGCCAUCGCCGCUGGUGCCGACGCGGGACACCCAGUUCCUGCGCUACUGCAAGCAGCAUCCGGGCGGCGCAUGGGCCGUCGUCGACGUCUCCCUCGACGGUCUCCGUUCCGCUGCGCGGGUGGGCGGGCACUUUCGCCGCCGCGCCUCCGGCUGCCUCAUCCAGGAGAUGCCCAACGGCUACUCCAAGGUGACGUGGGUGGAGCACGUCGAGGCCGGUGACGAUGCCAUGGUACACGAUCUGUACAGGCCCCUGGUGAACUCUGGGCUGGCAUUCGGCGCGCGGCGGUGGACGUCGACGCUGAAGCGGCAGUGCGAGAGGCUGGCGAGCGCUAUGGCCACCGUGCCCUCCUCAGGCGGCGACGUGAUCACGACGGCGGAGGGGCGGAGGAGCAUGCUGAAGCUGGCGGAGAGGAUGACGGCGAGCUUCUGCGGCGGGGUGACUGCGUCGACUACGCACCAGUGGACGACGCUCUCUGGCAGUGGCGCGGAGGACGUGCGCGUGAUGACCCGCAAGAGCGUCGACGACCCCGGCCGCCCGCCGGGUAUCAUCCUCAACGCCGCCACCUCCUUCUGGCUCCCCGUCCCGCCCUCCCGCGUCUUCGGCUUCCUGCGCGACGACUCCACCCGCAGCGAAUGGGACAUCCUCUCCAAUGGCGGCGUCGUCCAGGAGAUGGCCCACAUCGCCAACGGCAGCCACCACGGCAACGCCGUCUCACUCCUCCGCGUCAACAACGCGAACUCGAACCAGAGCAACAUGCUGAUCCUGCAGGAAUGCUGCACGGACGCGACGGGGUCGUAUGUGGUGUACGCGCCGGUGGACGUGGUGGCCAUGAACGUGGUGCUCAACGGCGGGGACCCGGACUACGUGGCGCUGCUGCCGUCCGGGUUCGCCAUCCUUCCUGACGGGCCGGCCGGGGCGCCGGAUGCCGGCGGCUCGCUCCUCACUGUCGCCUUCCAGAUCCUCGUCGACUCCGUGCCCACAGCCAAGCUCUCGCUGGGAUCCGUCGCCACCGUCAACAGCCUCAUUGCCUGCACCGUCGACCGCAUCAAGGCCGCCGUCGUCGUCAGCCCCGGGGACAACGCCGGCGCCGCCACCAACCGGUGACCGCCAUCGAUCCAUCGUACGCAAUGGAGAUCAAGAGGGGCCAAGAGCGGGUCCGGAGGUUUAGCAAUGUGGGAAGUCAAGAACGCACCGCAGACUCUCCUUGCCAAGUGUUGUUUGCAUUGCAUGCAUAAUCCCCUUUCUUUCUUCUUCCCAUGCAUAAUCCCCUUUCUUUCUUCUUCCCAUGCAUAAUCCAAUCACCACCACCACCACCACCACCACCACCAGCACAACACCAUCAUAUAUCGCAAGAUGAAGGGACCAACCAUGGAGGAACACAACCUAGGUCCUAUGAUCAUGGCUGCAGAUAGAUGCACGCAUUGACAUGUCAUAGGCUCUGAGUUGUGUUUCUUAGUUAACUAAUCCCAGCUCAUCUACACAUUUACAUGUUCGUGUUUGCUUCAUAGUAGACUAAGCACAAACCCUUUAUCUUAAUUACGUUAUCAUUUGCAUGCCAUGACAAAUUCAGAAGCACGCAAGCAGGCAACACUUUGCAAGGGCGGUUGGUUCGGGUAUUGACUUCUCUUUUAGUUUUCUGUCUCUGGGCUGCCAGUCCCUCUCCAGAAUGAUCGUCCAGGAUUAAUGUGCCAUCAGCUAGACUUUAGUUUGGUUAAUUACAUUGCCAUGUGUUUUGUUGUGUAGUGCUCCAUCCAUCUCUGCAUGGAGGGGUCGUCUCUUUAAACUAGACUUUCCUAAGUUUGUGUAUUACGUUUGGAACUGUUUAAUUUGGACCUACUUUUUGCAUCCAUCCAUUUCAA